GGUGCCAGAUGCCAUUCAGAGAUUCAAAUCGACAAUUCAUUCGGCACAGUCAAUCGCAGAAGGUAAUACAUCAGAAAGCGUACGUUAAAGUGUCGCGAUGCUCCGCUAAGAGCGCUCUCGUCGUUUCUAUUCGAAUCGCGUGUGUCACUCGAGUCUGAAAACACUGAAGUUAUUUUGACAAAAAAAUUGUAUCGAUAUAUCUUAAAAUAUUUGUGCUAUCAUCGGAUGAGGAAGGAACCUCCAAAUUUGACGGUACAAUGAGGAUUCUAAGAGACAAUGGAUGUCGCAGAAGCUUCUGAGCGCAGAAACUACAGCACAUGGGCGCAAUUGGUCCAGCGUCUCAACGAAAGACAUGAAGAUUCAUUCAAGAUCAAUGGUGCGUCCUCCUUGUCUGUCGCGAGCAAAGCUCUUAUCGAUCGCACCGAUUUACUUGAAAGUGGCAUCCUUUCUAAGAGCAACGAUACUCUGGAAUACGGAAUGGAGAACUGUGGAUUUCCAUAUUACAGGAGCUGCGCCAGUGACAGGGGUCCGUAUGACGCUGUCCUUGUCAAAGAUGUAGGUGUCUCCUGUACGAUAACGGAUAAGGAUUCCAAAAAUUCCAUACUCGAGAAUUAUUUAUUGGACAGGCUCAAAACAGAGUAUAGCGAUCUCUCGACAAUCACCAAGAAGAUCGGCGUUUACACGAAGGACAUUCUACAGAGUCUGUCCAGUAGGAGCAAAGGGAUGGCUAGAUCCAUCCGCAAAAAUAUACGUCAACCAGAGGCUGGAAGGUCCAGUGAAAAAUCGAAAUUUUUACAAAAAUUAACUUCAGAAUCGACAAGCACACCGGUCGCUCUGCAAUGCUCGGAUCAGAACGGAAAUCCUUGUCUCAAGUUAAGACUCGAAGGACCUCCACUUCCUGUACCGAAACGAAGAUCCGUCUCAAGGAACGAUACAUCGGUAAAUCGGUUCCUGAAUCCUUUAGCCACGAAACCACCAAAUCCGCCAAAGAACUCACCAGGAGACUCGAGGAGGAACAUGGGAAAGAAUCGGGUGCUCGUGUUACGCCAAGAUGAAUCCACGUGUCGUCCGGUGGACAGUGUCAAGCGGAUAUUUCCAAAGGAGCGCGAAAAAGCAGAAGUCCAUUCGUCAGGAUGCAGCAGUUCCUCGAUUUACAACUUUCUCAUGUCCGGCAAACGAAAAUCCUGGCAGAAGGGAAGAUCGAUCGAGCCAGGCGGCGGCUGCUACGAGGGAAAUUCGGAGUGUCUCGAUCCCGGAAUGAUGGAAGAUGACGAAGCCUUGAGAGAACAGUAUCGGAUCCUCGUGCCGUCGAGGACUAAAGGAAAAUUGUCCGCUACCGGAAAGAGCUCGAAGGACUCUUGGUCCGAGACUUUCCAUGCCGUUAACAUUCGGAUAAUCAAACGCGCACCAAAGGAUUCCUGAGUCUCUUAAGUUCUCCUUAAGAGUUUACUCGACAUGUCGUUGGUGUAAAAGUCAAUAUAUCUUUAUUAUAACAGUC